AUGGAUACACCACUGCCUACUGAUAUAACUAAAGAGUUUCUUGUGCUUUUGGAAACUUUGGGAAUUGAAGGAUCGCGAAAAACUUCAAUGUUAGCCCUGCCGUUAGAACAGCAAUUAGGAAUGAUUCAUGCCCAAAAAAGCUCAGCUAAAUCUAAAACAGAAACACCUCAAGAAAUUCUAGAUAAGAUCAGAAAUGCCAAAAAGCCAUUUAGCACUUCCUAUAACAUCACUGACAUUGAUUUAUGUGCUGACGUACUUAACAACUUAAGAUUUACUUGUGUUUCUUUAACUGAGCAGGAAGCUCAAACAGUAGCCGAUCUAGGGAUUGUGGAAGAAGUCUGGUCUUUAAUCACUAUGCUUGUUCCUAGUGAGUGGCGGACUGAAUCACGGACUUAUAUUUCCUUACAUGAAAGUAAGCAAAACAAGCCGAUUUUUAAGAUCUUAGAGCCUAGUGUGAAGUUGUUUAAGGUUUUAGUUAAGUCACCGGCUAUCUUAAGGUACAUUAAGAAGAGUGAGGAACUGUUUGCUCGAAUUUUUGCGGUCUUUCCUUCGCAGUAUACUGCUAUCUCGGAAUUGGUUUUGGAUUUAGGAGUGCGAUCUUUAUCAAGUACUUUACCUCUGGUUUUGAAACACUUUUUUGAUCGUAAAGAGGUAUCUGAAGUUCAUGUUAAAUGUGUACCUUUAUGUUCAGUACGUUUACCUUAUAUUAUGGAAGAGAUUUACUAUAACUUAUCUUUAGGGAAUACUAGUGUGGAGUUUUUGGGUUUACUAGUUGAUAUUUUGAUUGGGUUUCAUAAUGAGUCGGGUUUAGUAGGUAUUAUGGUAGAUAGUAUGCUUCGUUUUUGUGAUAUCACGAGGCUUUUAGCCAAGAUUAAGCAAAAGGAGUCUGGAGUGGCUAAAAAGGUAGAUAUGCUGAUUCAAAAGCAAGAAGAAGCCAGGGAGUUAGCUACUAAGAUAGAUGUACGUACUCUUCAGGAGGAAGAAGUCUUAGCAGAAACUAAACAUGAUCUUAGUGCUAUUAUUACCGUUUUAAGUGUUCUUCAUAAGAUUAAUAGUAGUCGGAUCUAUGAUGUUCUGCACUAUAUUCGUGGGACAGUAUUGGAAGAGGUUAGUUUCAAAAACAAAGAUAUAAGUAAUAUUGCCCAGGAAAGAGAAGCUCGGAUUCAAAAGAUUCAAGCUAUGCAAACUAAAUGUACAUGUAAUCAAGGAUUUCGGCAGUCGCCCUUACCUAAUGCUGCUCUUCUUGUUGCCCAAAAAGAACCACCUAAAUCCACUGAAAGUCUUACACCGCAACAAUCUACACCUAAACAGUCCUCUUCUCCUUCUAUCCCGAUGACGUCAUCCCCUAAAUCAUGUUCAUCUCCUGCUCUUGUUUCUACUACGACCUCUCCCCUUAUUCAAACUAUCCCAGAAGCACAACCAGCCAUAUCCCUACCUCCCAAAUCAAUCAAAGUACCUCCUCCUCCUCCCACCUCCCUCAAAGCACCACCUCCACCGCCACUGACUCCCAAGACAAGUAUACCUCCUCCUCCUCCUACUUCCCUUAAAACACCGCCACCUCCACCCACUCUCAAAACACCACCUCCUCCGCCCACUCUUAAAACACCACCUCCUCCCACUUCACUCAAAACACCUCCACCUCCUCCCACUCUUAAAACACCCCCUCCUCCUAACUCACUUAAAACACCUCCACCACCCACCUCACUUAAAACCCCGCCUAAAUCAACUCCUCCCCCUCCACCCGGCCGAAAUAAGUUAGGCCCCUCAGCUAGUACUCCUAACGUAGCAGCACCACCUAGUGUGGCAGUCCCGGGUAAGCCAGGACCUCGAGCUCUUUAUCUUGAAGAAGCCGGUAAACUGCGACCUCAUAAUCCGCAACAAUUAUCCUUUGAUGUUUUCAACCGUAAGCCACAAGUAGAAGGACUUUGGAGUAAACUUGAUAAGCGGAGUUUAAGUGUUUUCAAAAAAGAAGAUUUUCAUAUCUUUGCUCGAGAUAAGACUAAAUCAACUACUAUUACAGACACUCCUCAGCAAUCUACUGAAACUAGUCUUUUUAGUCCGAAAAAGUGUAAAGCCAUUGACAUUGUUCUAGCUCGUGUUCGUGUUCCUUUGAAAGAGUUGAUUGCUGGAAUAGAUAAGCUUGAUAGUUCAAUGUUUUCAGAAAUCUUAGUGGCCGGUCUUUUAGCUAACUAUCCAAGUGAUGAAGAGUUUGAGUUGAUUAAGAAGUACGAGACUAAACUAGUACCAGAGACUUUCUACAAGCUAUCUUUAAAAAUCAAGCACUUUAAAGAUAAGCUGAUUGUUCUUCAUUUGAUAGCUACAGCUCAUAAUAUUUCAUCUAUUAUCAUUCCAGGACUUAAUAAGCUGCGACAGGCCUGUGAUCUUAUCUAUUAUGAUACUCAAGCCCAUCGGGUCUUGCAUCUAACUCUUGAUGUCAUCAAUGUCCUGAAUGCUUCUAGUCGGAGUGAAGGUGCCUGGGGAGUGAAAGUAGAUACUUUGCCGCGUAUCAUUGAGAACAAAAAAGUGCUAUCUCUUAUUCGAAAGAAGGCCAAAGAUCUUAAGAUUGAUUUGGAGCAAUCAGUUCCUGUUUUGGAAGAGGUUUUAGCUAUCUCUUCAGAUAUGCUUGAGUCAGAAACUUUGGAGUUCCAAAAGAAACAAGACCAUAUUGAAGCUGCUCAACUCAGCCAGUUGCAAAUGGCCCAACUUGCUCCCGUCCUUACCCAGCUUGAUCUUUUGGACAAGGCCUAUGCCCGGACUAAUGACGCUAUUACUCGGCUUCGGACUUUCCUUAAUGAGAAAGAUGCCCGGGGCUGUAGUUUUCUUUACAUCCUCAGUAAAUAUAUCAUAUCUGUUGCUAGACAAGAUAUAACAUCCAAAUAA